GUCAGCUGUGUGCGCGUGCCGUGGGGAUGAGGCAUGAGGGAUGAGGGAUGAGGGAUGCCGAGAACACGAGACGCAGCGCUCCGCCAGCACUUCACGGAGCUCAGCGGCACGUCGACGCUUCUGUGAUGAACCGGUAUAUAGACGACAUGUUAACGCAUUUUGAGCGACGCAAGAGUUGCGCCUUUUCUGGUAGUUCGUGAGCUGCUAAAGAAAUGUUUUCUUCUCACUUUCCAAAUUGACAGCAGUCCUCAUAAAAACUUAGCAGCUGAUGUGCGAAACACCAGUUCUUAUGAUGAUUAUUAUGAUUCGUGAACUAUGGUCACUUUUGUGAUUGUUACUAUGUUAUUAUGAGCUCGUGCCCUGCUGCACGAGUUUCUGUCAUCUCUGAAUUUCUGAUUUUCUCUCAAUGCUCUUCGUGUAGCCAGUGAUGAGAAGGAAUUCCUCCUUCGAGUUUUUACCACUUUGAUCGUCUUUAUGAAUAAAAAAACACAUUAAAGCCUUCAUCAGCGUGUGGUCCCUUCUUUUUUCCGAGCUGUACAAAGUAAGUAUUUUGCAGCGGCGAGUCACCAUGCAGAGCAGAAAAAGAAAGAUAGAAACGGAAACGCAAAAAGCGUCGAGUUUCUCCCGCCCUUUUCUGCGCCGCCGCGGCGCUCGACGUACAAGGUGAGCGCGCGCCAGCCGAGUAGCUACGACGCGUGCGUAGAGGCUCCGUGUGACGUCACUCGCGUGCGCCGGCUACUUGGUUGCUAUGGCGAGUUAGGGACUGCGGAGUGUUUCGUUCGUUCGUUCGUUCGCGGGGUCCGCGGGGAAACGGCGGCGUCUCGCGACGUUCAGCGCUAAGAAGCGAGUCGCAGCAGCUCCGGUUCCGGUCGCGGUCGCGGUCGCGGUCCAGCGAACGACGCGACGGCACUACUCACUCGUACUACUACUCAACCGACGUCUUCUGUCUUCAGGUCUUGGCUCAUUGUUGAUUCUACAUUUUAUUCUGUAGUAAAGGAGAAAAGUGACGCUCUACGGUCCUGAUUAACUGACGAAGAGUGACGUCAGCAAAUGCAGAAAUGAAUUAAUUAGUGAAUCAUGAAACCGCGGUUUUUUUUUUCUUUUUUCCCCCCCGUUCGUUCUUCGCACAAGGGCUGUGUGAGUGUCGAACCUGCGGACGGGGCGCUCACGUUUGCCCGUGUGUGACGUAUGCGUGACGUGUCUGUGACGUGUCGGCUAUGUGUGACGCGUGCGCGGCAGCGAUGUCAUCACUGAAAAGCGAGGAGCCGCUGAGCGACGUGGAGCCGCUGCCACCCUCGGCGGCCCCCUCCCCCCCUGCGUCGUUCCUGUCCCCACCCCCGAGGAGUCCCCGCCCUCCCCCACACUCGCCCCCUUCCCUGGCGCGGUCCUGGCCGCCGUCCCCACCCCUGACCGCGCUGUCCUCCUCGAGCCGGGUCACGGCCCGUCUGUACGCAUCGCUGAGAUCCACCCAGGGUCUUGGGCUGGCGGACCCCUCGGAACACGCGGAGGAUCCCAGGCAGGUGAGGUUCAGUGUCUCCGCCCCCGUCUCCCUUCGCACCGAUGCUCACGUGGGCUGGCCGGACACCUCGCCCCCCACCUUCCUGGAGGGGCGUCCGGAGGAGCCUGCUGGGGGCGCGUGCAGGGCGGGACGCUCGGACCUGGAGCUCGGUGAGCUGGCGGAGCAGAUGAGCGUGAAGCUAAAGGCCAGCUUGGAGAGCACCGCCGGGCCCUUGUCUGCACAGAGCGGCCACCAGCACAUCGAGGACAUGGAGAACGUACGGAAUCAUCUGCAGACCCUGUUGAGGACAGAUCACGAACCCAUAGAGGGAGGAAGGGGCGCCACCUACCUUGCAGGGAUUCCUCUGCUUGCGGGACAGAGAAAGGACAGCGAGUCCUUUGAGAGUGACACGACCUCUCGCCUGCUCAGCGCCCCCCUGCUGGACGACGUGUCUCCGCCCCUCUCCGACAGCGGUCUGGACGAGCUGUUCCCGCUCUACUCGCGCCUGCGGCCCCACGGUGUUCAGUCAUCCUCGUCGGACGUGCACGUCCUGCAGGACCGUCUUAACAGGGAGAGGACGCGACGGAAGCAAUGUGAGACGCAGAUCCAGGUCCUGCAGAACAAAGUGCUCCUCUUCCAGCAGCAGGUGGCGCUCGCUGUGUCCGCUGACCGCAGGAAGGACAUCAUGAUUGAGCAGCUGGACAAGACCUUGGCCAAGGUGGUGGAGGGCUGGAGGAAACAUGAGGAGGAGAAGAGCGAAGGAAUGAAGCGGUUGCAGGACGAGAAGGAGGCGGCAGACAGGGCCCAGGCUCAACAACAGGAGAUGCUGGCACAUUUUGAGCAGUCCCUGUCCCAGGCUGCGGAGACUCUGGAUCGAGAGAAGAAGCACAGAGAGGAGCUCAGCAGUGUGAACCAGCAGCUGCAACAGCAGAUUUGCGAGCUGCGCAGGGAGCUGGAGGAGCAGGGUCGCCGGUUCGAGCGGAGCCGCGCUGAGCUGCAGGAGGCCCACAAAGAGGCGCAGGAGGCGCACGGCAGCCUGGCACAGCACAGGGAGGCCUGGUCCCGUAGGGAGAGGGAGCUGGAGGAGCGUUUGGCCGCGCUGCACUCUGACGUAGAUGAGGAGAGGGCGCACCGGCAGCGAACCGCACAGCAGCUGCAGGAGGCCCAGCGAGAGGCGCACUCGGCCCUCGGCCAGCUGCAGCAGCGCCAAGGGGAGCUGGAGGAGGCGCGGCGAGAAAGAGACGCCGCUCGCAUGGACAGGGCGCUGGACCAGGCUCGUUUCGAGGCCCAGCGUUCUCAGCUAGAGGUGGAGCUGAAGCUCUCUGUAGAGCAGCAGGUGACGGAGAGACUGGCGGCGCUGCAGAAGGACAACGCCGAGACCACUGCGUCGCUACGGGAGCAACAUCGGAAGCAGCUGUUGGAGCUGAGCGCCCGCCACGACGCGGAGCUGUCUGCACAGCUCGCUCACUUUAGGGCCGAGCUGCAGGAGCGCGAGGAGAGGCAGCGUGAACUCACACAGGAGUAUGAGAAAAGGCUCACUGGCACCCAGGAGCAGCUGCUCCAUCUACAGAACAGCACAAGGAAGCUGGAGGAGCAAAGGACUCAGCUCAUCACCCAACUGCAGGGUCUACUGCGCUCCCACUGGGCGGAGGCCCUGCACUUGCUGGCCACCCAGUGCCAGGCUGAAGAUGUGCCCCCCGCCAUCCCUAAGUGUCACACCUCUUCAGUGGCCAGAGCUGGAGAACGGAGCUCCUGGUGGGCGGAGCCAUCUCCCCCAAGCGAGGAGCUGCAGGAGGAGACAGCUAUAGACAUUAGUCCGAUGAACUCGUGUCCCAGUCAAGUGCCAGAUGUGCCCCAAGCCGUGAUCCUGCACAUGUCCAGGAAGAAGACCUCCCAGCUGGACCUCAGCAGCACCUUUGCCCCCCUGGAGCCCCAGCUGGAUGACACGGGGGUCACAGCUCUGGGCAGCUGUGACGUGCGGAGCCUGUUGGAGAGCCCGCCAUGGGGGGCCACCCACAGGGACGACAGGACAGCAUGCACAGGAGAGGGCAGGCCCUCGUCUCCUCAGGAAGUGACUCGCAUCUGUUGCCGUGCCAACAGCCCCGAGGGGGAUGUUUUCCAGGGGUACGGUGGGCCAUCGAGCAAAACGGAGCGAGCGAGGGACCGCGAGGUUCCCAGGGGCACCAGUGCUGAAGUUGGGGGUGGCAGCAGCGGAGAGAGGUGGACCCCUAGAGGACAGGAGGCCAGUCGGGGGGAGGGGCUGUUAUCUCACCUGCCCCCGACCGGGUCCCUGCAGAGACAUGUUUACGACACUGCAGCAUCCACUGCACAGGGGGCCCGACAGGCUGAGCUACAGCACUACAUCUCCAUGCUGCUGGACCGCGCCCCAGGGGACCCUCUGGAACCCCCCGUCAAGGGUAGUGCUCAUCCGAUAUCCGUGUGCUCUGGUUCCACUGUGUCUCGGUCUGGUGACUCCGCCCAGAUUGGUGACUCCACCCAGAAAGGUUGGCAGGGUGAAAUGGGACCAUUCUGGUACUGCCCAGCUCUCAGGGAAUUCUGGGAAGGCGAGAGGGCACCGCCCGCUGCAGGAGCUGUGGCAAGACCUGUGAUAUCAGCGGUGAGCAAAGCCAAAUUGCAGCCCCCACCGCCGACCAAGAUGGCACCCUGCAGACCUGAGCCCAGCUGCACUCUUCAGGCGCAGUCAGGAGCUGCUUUGCCCUCUGCACAGCUGUCCCAAGUAUCCCGCCUCCUGACGCAGCUGCGCUCUCGGCCCGGUGACCCCACUGCCUCUCUGGAGGAGCUCGUCACCCAUUUGCUCUGCAGCCAGGUGGACAGCUCUUUGGUGUCGCCCCCUGGAGACGGUGAGCGGAACCUGCGCCCAGCGGAGCGGAAGGAGGGCGUCGUCCCAUCCGCAGCACAGCGCCGCCUGCAGCCCCACUGCCAGCGCGCCCCAGAGGCCGGGCGCACCCUCACCCAGGGCCUCAGGGGCAGGAGGGCCGGGCCCCAGGCCCAGAGGGGCCCCUCGUCUCGGGGGACUGUGUGGAGGUGAAGGCUGCGCGAGGACCAGACCGUGUGCUCCUUUGUGGCACGUCGCCAGUAGAAAUGCCAUGUUUUGUGCAUGUUUAUAAUUGGCGUGUCACUGGAACGUGAUGUGUGACCGUCAACGUUCUGGAACCCGGUGGCUGAAGGUGAAGCCCAGACCUCUCAACCGCCACCAUCUUUACUCACUGGUCGCUUCAGUUUCUCCUCCACCUUUCCGUGUGUGUGUGUAUUUGUCGGAGCAGAUAUGACUCCGGAGUGUUAUUAAAAUGGUCUCGUUUUUCUACU